UACUCACCGUCGCCACCUUAAUCCUCCCCCUUCUCCCUUUUCUUAAUUCCAUCGCACCGCUCCUUAAUCCGGAACGCGAGCCUCGCGUCCUAAUUUGUUCUUAUAUUCCCUCGACCCGAGCACGUCAAAAUCACACUCCCACGUAGAAUUUCCAGAUCGAUCUCCCCGAAUCAAACACGAGCUUUAGCUUUGCCCCGGGGUGCGUUUCAUUGAAUGCCGACCCCCCGGAACCAUGACCCACCACCGGUCCAGCGAAGCUUGAAAAAGGGCCGAACGAAUCGCCGUUGAAGAUACCCGGAAUUGCUCCGCGAUUCAUUCCUUGCCCCGCAAAAUACAGGGGAGGGGAUUAAAAGAAAGGGGGGGAAGCUUUCGUAUGAAAAGACGUACAACAGAAGCAGCAGCAGGACGUCGCGAUAGUGUCUCGAACGCUCGAGAGCGUGGCGGUUGUCGGCUUUUCUUUUCUCAGCGGUGUGACGUUGAUGCUCGGAAGCCCUGCGCUUUUGUUUUUUAAUUAAUUCGUGGGGGGCCGAGUGGAGCCACUGGUUCUAUUCAAGGGGGGGUGUGUGUGGCGACGACAUGUGGGCUUCUUCACCUCGUCAUCUCGCGCGGCGUAUGCUCCCUUUUCCUCUGUGACCCCUCCAUUUGCAUCUGGCCAUUUUUAUUGCGCCUGCGUCGGGAGUGAUUGGAACGCGUUCCAGAGAGGGUGGGAGUGCGGGUGCGACUUCGCUCGGACAGGAAAGGAGGGUAGGGAAAGAGAAAAAGGAGAAGGCUCUUUUCAUUUGACCCUUUAAACCGGCAUGAGCCGUGUUUUUCCACCUUGCCUCGGCGAAGACUUUAGGCCCAUGGAUCAUGUGACAGAUUGCCCGUUCUUGUGAGCGAGAGUUCUCUCGACGGAGCCUGGUUUUUUUAGCUGCUGCUCCAGAGCUCCGUUCUCGUGCUGGGUCAGCUCGGUUUUACGCAAUUCUUGAUCCCCCAGUUACAGAGUGCAGUGAAGUGUAAGUGAAUUUAUUCGAGUUUGCCAACAUGCCCAUGACAUUCUCAUGGGUUGCGACCACCCUCAACACAGAGACUAUCCCCACGAACCUCGGUUUUGUCGACUCUUUUCGCUUUAAGGAUUCGUCAAGAUUCGUCCUUGGGGAGAGACUGCGAGUGUUCGGUCACAGGACAAAGAAGGGUAGAAGCCAGAAAGUGAGUUGGUGCUCGAUAAGCAGCCCGAGCUCGGCCUCCAGCUUGAUUACUAGCCCGGUAACCGGGGAAGAAGAAGCUGCCGCGCCGGUGUCAUCGGAGCAGAGGGUGAACAGCGUAGUGCUGAAGCAGGCGGCUCUGGUGAGCGAGCGACUGAGGUCAAAGGCCACGCUGGAGGUCAAACCAGAUAUUGUUAUUCCGGGGACUUUGAGCUUGUUGAGCGAUGCCUACGACAGAUGCGGCGAAGUCUGCGCUGAAUAUGCCAAGACUUUUUACUUGGGGACGUUGCUCAUGACUCCGGAAAGGCGAAGAGCUAUAUGGGCGAUAUACGUUUGGUGCAGGAGGACGGAUGAACUUGUAGAUGGGCCUAAUGCUUCUCACAUAACACCUACUGCUUUAGAUAGGUGGGAAUCGAGGUUGGAAGAACUUUUUCAAGGGCGUCCAUUCGAUAUGUAUGAUGCUGCUUUAUCAGAUACUGUUGCCAAAUUCCCAGUUGACAUUCAGCCAUUUAAAGACAUGAUUGAAGGGAUGAGGAUGGACCUCAGGAAGUCACAAUACAAGAACUUUGAUGAGCUAUAUCUCUAUUGCUAUUAUGUGGCGGGUACUGUCGGUUUGAUGAGCGUUCCAGUGAUGGGAAUCGCACCUGACUCCCAGGCAACGACGGAGAGUGUCUAUAAUGCUGCAUUGGCCUUGGGAAUAGCUAAUCAGCUAACCAACAUUCUCAGGGAUGUUGGCGAAGAUGCAAGAAGAGGAAGGAUUUAUUUGCCACAAGAUGAGUUAGCCCAGGCCGGACUUUCAGAUGAUGACAUAUUUGCAGGGAAGGUCACGGAUAAAUGGAGGUUCUUCAUGAAGAAUCAGAUCAGGAGGGCGAGGAUGUUCUUUGAUCAAGCAGAGAAAGGAGUAACCGAGCUGAAUGCUGCCAGUAGAUGGCCGGUUUGGGCAUCUUUGUUGCUGUACCGUCAGAUUCUGGAUGAAAUCGAAGCUAACGACUACAACAACUUCACGAGGCGGGCCUAUGUGAGCAAGGUCAAGAAACUAGCUUCUCUGCCCAUUGCUUAUACCAAGUCUCUCAUUGCUCCGGCCCGAGCAUCAUCUCCUCUUAUCAAGGCAUGACCGAUUCAAAUACAGUGAUCAACUCAGCUUCCUUAAGGUGGGGCAAAUAGAGAGAGGGAGAAGAGGACAGAGAGAGGAGAACUGGCAUGCAUUUGUACAUUAGAAAUUGAUAUACUGCAAAAAAGUGGUCAUAAAUUUGUAUUAAUUUGCCUUUAAAGCUGUAAAAAAGGUGUGGCGUUUUCCUUCUCCAGGAUCAAGUUGUGAACCUUGUCCUGUUUCUCAUGAUCUAGUUUGGCAUGGCAGUGUCGUCGGAGGAAACACUGCCUCUGUCUAUUAGAAUGGCAGGGACAUUGAAGCCUCAUUAAAGAAUUUCACUUCUUUGCAA